AUGUACUGUAAGAGCAAGAUGCCUGCAAGGUCCCUGAUCAUAGCCCUCUCCUUCCUCCUCUGGUUUGCCUUCACCACCACCAACCCAUUACCAGUAGCCUCAGCUUCUGAUGAAGAACCAUGUCAGCCAUAUGGGGAGCUGGAGGCGGUGGGGGUUUUUCCAGGAAGAACUGUGGAUGCCUCCUCAUGUGCCUAUUCCGUUCUCCAAUCAGGUAGGGACGUGUUCAAGGGUGCUCCACUAAAAUUCCAUGUUAAAGGAACAAGCACAGGCAAGAUUUAUCCAGGUUCCACUAAUCUGGAAAUCGAGUUCGUGCAUAAGCCACGGUGUGCAGAAUCCUCCAAGUGGGUGGCCGCUUACGAUGAAUCUGGAUCAUCCUGGAGUGUGGUGAUAGGUGGGCCUGAAGACCAUCCAGAUUCUAAGUUGGUGAGUGGGGUUUUCCGGUUCGAGGCUCUCGGAUUUGGGUACAAGCUUGUGUUUUGUCCCUACAGCACUGUCAUCCGUUCUUCAGAGAAUUGUUAUGACGUUGGGAUUGAUGUUUCGAAUGGAAGCAGGAAACUGGUUGUCAGAAACCAAAAUAGUGGAAAUCCCUUCUGGGUGGUGAUCCAGAAAGUUGCUUCUGGCAAAGGGAAGUUCAGUAUUAUCUGAUAAGUGCUGCUGAUCUUCUGUCUAUGUAUGGGGACGUCGGCCUAUAUAUUAUCGAAUAAAAAAGUGAUCUCUUGCGACUUGCAAGAAGUUUGCUUUAUGCAAA